AGCGAUGGUAUUUACUGCUAUUCACUGACAGCUAUGAAGCAUGGAGUGAGCCACAGAGGGUACUGAUGGGGUCUGGGCAAGGCAGCCAGUGUGUCCCGCCCCGCAGUGCCCGGAGAAGCCUGAAGCGCAGCAGUAUGUAGCGGGAUCUCCCCGGCGCAGGCAGAGGACUUUAACGAGAGUGAGAGACCUGACUGCCAGAGAAGAGAGUGAAGAGCACUGAAAGAGUUAAAGGGCUCGAAAUCAGGGACACGGGUUCUGCUGGGAGGGCUACCUUCUGCCCAACAAGAGGAGCAAAGCAGGGGGAGAAGAAGCCGAAGCCUCCAACCAUCCGCCAGUGGCCUGUGCAUGGACUGUGUAGCAGGACAGACACUUUGGGCUGGAGGAGAUACCUAUCUGACCUGUCUGAUUCAUCAGACCUCCUAGGCAAAAGAACCCCCACCCCCAGCAGGGACCUCUGUGCCUCACAGGCCCUGAGAGGAGCAUGGCAGCCUGACCCAUCAUGCCCAGCCGGACCGCUUACAGUGCCGGUCUGCUCCCUGUAUCCGCCACCCAAGCCCAUGCCCCCACCUAUGCCCCCAUCACCCUGCUGUGCCUGCUGCUGCUGCUGAGAAUCAGCACCAUCUCCGGGGUCCUGUUGGGUGCCAGUGUGGGGCACAAGCCGCAGGGGACGGCGGGCCAUCUCUCCUGGGCGCAGGGGCGCCAGACCCGCAGCUACGGCCACCUGGAGGGGGAGACACGACUGCGGAGGCUGUAUUCGGCCACGCGCUUCUUCCUGAGCAUCGACACCAAGGGACGGGUAAGCGGCACCCGGAAGAACAACCACACCGACUGCCUGAUGGAAAUACGAUCCGUCAGCACAGGAGUCGUCGUCAUCAGGUCUGUCAGCACGGGGCUGUAUUUGGCCAUGUCCAAAAGAGGGGAUCUCUAUGGAUCGGUGGCAUACACUGCAGCGGAAUGCCAGUUCCGGGAACGCAUUGAGGAGAACGGCUACAACACAUACGCGGCCCGCCAAUGGAGCCUCAAAGGACGGCCGAUGUUUGUGUCACUGGGGACUCGGGGGAAACCCCGGAGCGGCCGCAAGGCCCGCCGUCGCCACCGGUCUACCCACUUCCUGCCCAUGCCGCCCAUAUAAGGAGGCAGCGACCCUGUCUGCAGCAUCGCUGCCACCAACAGCAUGACUGUAAACUAAUAAGACUAAAAAUCAGUCUCUGUGUUUUUUUUUUCAGAAGGGGGAGUAUGCAGAAGGGGGGGGGGACUUGUAUUUAUUCAUUUUUAAGCUGCUAAAAGUUCAUAGAUGAAUACUGAUACUGAUGUUGUUACGGAAAGGGUGGUUUGAAUUAAAGUCAAACCAUUAUGCAGCUAGGUACUGCAUAUAAUUCAAUUUCAACUUAUUUCUUUCUGUUCUUGCAAGAACCUUAAAAUUAUGUACUGGAUGUGGAUAUUGUGGGGGCUGGGGUGCCAGUUGAACAUCAUCGGUAUCAGCACAACAUAACUGAGAGAAGUCCCUCAGGAUUGUCGAAACCAAAACAAGAUGCUCAAUUCAUUAUACAGGCUAAGCCUGCAGCAACAUCCUUUGGCUGCUUGUCUGGUUACUUGGCAACACCUUUCCUGACUCAUUCUGUCCCCCUGUUGGAUCACACAUCACUGUUUUUAGUCAUUUUUACCAAAGCACUGCUAGAAACGUUUUUGUAUGUUGGUUUGCUUAAUAAAACAUCUGGUAAUGGUACACGUUUCUUUAAAGAUUUAUGUGAUUCUUGUUUUCAUUCCACUGAAGUUUAGUCUGUCCGUGACACAGGAAAGGUGCUCCAGAAGUUUACAGAGGUCAGCUGUAUUGUAAACAACGGCCACAGAUAUUCAUAUGAAGCAUAAACAAAUCCUACCCCAAUGAUAACAAAAGUAUUUAAAUACAGCAUAAAUGAUAGGCCUGCAGAAAAUAUACAACAGUUUAAAAACAAUCAUCCUGUUUACAACAAUUCCUUUCAACGAACAGAACGAUUUACGUGAUCAUGCGAACAGAAGAAGGGCUUCCCUUUGCACCUGAGGCCCAGAUAAAUCUCCCUGGCAAAUUGAUGUCAGAGACCUAUUCUUCAGCAAUAGGUACACCUUCUAUAUAUGACACUUUCAAGCUUUAUAAAACUCAAUAUAUGCGAGCUUCUUUGUAAUAUUGUGCGUUUUGGAUAGUCUACGUUUGAAUGUGUUUUAAGACAGAUAUGACCUCUAAAAUAUAACCAUUCGCAUUUACUUCUAAGAGAAUGGUGACCCCUACUGUUCAUUUGCCUGUUAAAUAUUUGAUAUUUUCCCUCACGCUACGGCCUGUAUUUUGCGCAUGUGUAAAAAAACAGACAUCUG